UCCCUAAUCACUAUCUAUAUAAAACAUCAUUUCCGAUAAGUUCAAGCACUAAAAAUCUAGCAACAAAAUUACAAACCCCACAAUAUUAAUCUUCAUAAAAUAGCAUGGAAAAUUUAAAGCUGUUGGGAUUUUGGUCAAGCCCAUUUAGUUGCAGAGUUAUUUGGGCACUAAACUUAAAAGGCAUAAAAUAUGAUUAUGUUGAAGAAGAUCUUACUAAUAAAAGUUCAUUACUUCUACAAUAUUAUCCAGUUCAUAAGAAAAUCCCUGUUUUGGUUCACAAUGAAAAACCAAUUUGUGAAUCUUUAGUUAUCCUUGAAUAUAUUGAAGAGAUGUGGCCCCAUCAUCAUCCAUUGUUGCCCAAGGAACCGUAUGAAAGAGCCUUGGUUAGAUUUUGGGCCAAAUUUGCUGAAGAGAAGGGCAUAGCUUUUUGGAUGUUUGCACAAACCACAGGAGAAGAGCAAGCCAAGGCUAAAAAGGAUAGCAUGGAAAUGCUAAAAACUUUAGAAGAGCAUGGUAAUCUAGGAAACAAUACUUUUUUUGGAGGUGAAGAAAUUGGAAUGGUAGAUUUGGCAUUUGGGAGUUUAAUAUAUUGGUUACAAGUUAUUGAACAAAUUGUGGAAGUUAAGAUAUUUGAAGCCAACAGUUUCCCUCGCUUAUAUAAAUGGUUCAACAGUUUCAAAGAUGUUCCAAUAAUCAAGAACAAUGUCCCUGAUCAGAAUCAACUGUAUUUACACUUCAAGAAGUAUAGAAACAGACAGAUGGAAGCUACAUCUGCGUGAGAUAAUUUAUAUUCGGAGAUCGAUCUGGAGCUGAGGGGGGACGGUUUGUCCCUCCAUCUCCCCCAGGAGUGACCUUGGUUCGAUCCUCACCCCACCCCUCCUGUGAGAGGGACAUCCCCGUAUCUUACCGUG